AUGGCUCCUCCCAUCACUGUCAUCGGCCUGCUGGUCACCGCCGUGGAAGCCUUUGUCGUCGCCUCGCUAUUCGCCGACCAUCUCCCGGAGCACCCAUUGCUGCGCGUCUUCUUCCGGCUAUUGGCGCUGAAUGUCGGAGGAUAUGCGCUGUAUCGCAUUGUCAUCUACCCACGACUGUUGACUCCGCUACGGAAUCUGCCGCGUCCCAAGGGCGGCAAGCUGCUCAUCGGCCAUGGCAUGGUCACUUUCGAACGUCCAAACGGUGUCACGUUCCUCAAAUGGAUGAAGGAGAUCCCCAACGACGGUCUGAUCUACUUCCGCGGAUUCUUCAACGCCGACCGUCUCAUCGUCACGAAUGGCAAAAUCCUCGCCGAACUCCUCGUCGCCAAGUCGUAUGAAUUCACCAAGCCGGCGCCGGUGAGGAGUUUCCUGCGAAAUAUUCUCGGAGAUGGUUUGAUCAUCGUCGAGGGCGACGACCACCGCUUCCUCCGCAAGAACAUGAUGCCUGUGUUCAGCUACCGCCAUAUCAAGAACAUCUACCCGCUCUUCUGGGAGAAGUCCGUACAGCUUAUGGACUGCGUGGGACAAGAGAUUGCGGAGAAAGAGUCGUCGAACAAGAAUGAUACCGCGGUGGUGGAGGUCAAUCACUGGGCCACCAAAGUCACCGUCGACAUCAUCGGCAUGGCAGCCAUGGGUCGGGACUUCCAAACCCUCAAGAACACCCAAGACCCACUCGUUGAAGUGUACGAAGAACUCCUCGAACCCACCUUUGAGAAGCAACUCUUCUUCCUCUGCCAACUGAUGCUCCCGCAAAACCUCGUGAAAAAACUCCCCUGGAAACUCAACCAAACCACCGAAAAGUGCGUCAACACCCUCAACACCGUCACGGGCCAACUCGUCCAAGACAAGAAACAAUCCAUCAAAACCGAAUCCGACUCUCACAAGGACAUCCUCUCCAACUGCCUCAAAACCGGAUCCUUCUCCGACCCCCAACUCGUCGACCAACUCCUCACCUUCCUCGCCGCCGGUCACGAAACCACCUCCUCCGCCCUCACCUGGACCACCUACCUCCUCGCCACCAACCCGGAAAUCCAGACCGCUCUGCGCAAAGAACUCCGCGACGCCAUCGCGAUCCCCACCUCCCCUCUCCCCGAAGACUUCGACCUCGCCUCCGUCCUCGAAUCCCUCCCCCUCCUCAACGGCGUCUGCAACGAAGCCCUCCGCCUCUACCCCACCGUCCCGCUCACCGUCCGCACCUCCGAGAAAACCACCACCCUCGGCAACCAAACCAUCCCCGCCGGCGCACAAAUCAUCCUCCCCAUCUACGCCAUGAACCGACUCCCCGAAUUUUGGGGUGCGGACGCGGACCAGUUCACACCGGAGAGGUGGAUCGACACGGAUGAGAAGAGCGGGGAGAGGAGACCGAAUAACAGCGGCGGCGCGCCGAGUAAUUAUGUCAAUUUGACGUUUUUGCAUGGGCCGAGGAGUUGUAUUGGACAAGGGUUUGCGAAAGCCGAGUUGAGGUGUUUGGUGGCGGCGCUGGCGGGGAGGUUUGAGAUGGAAAUGGCGGAUCCGAAUGAGGAUGUUAUCCCGGCGGGUGUGAUUACGACGAAGCCGAAGAAUGGGAUGAAUUUGAAGAUGAAGUUGGUGGAGGGGUGGUAG